GGAAGUUGACCUUUCACCCGGAAAUGGUUUCUGGGCAACAUGGCGUCGCUGGUGCGAGUCCUUAGGAGCGGCAUUAGCAUCUCUCAUUGGGUUCCAGUAUGCAGCCGAUUGGUUUUCUUGUCUCCCACAUAUGGGCAGUGGGGCAGGGCUCUGUCUGCCACUCCUCAGUGGUCCCAGAUGAAUUUGUCCCUAGCAGAUGAAAUUCCUGGACUAGACAUGAAGACGAGUAGGAAGUAUCAUACUACAAUGAAGCUUUCUUCCACCAAGGAUUCCCGGCAACCUGUUGAGGAAAAGGUUGGCACCUUUACAAAGAUAAUUGAGGCCAUGGGUUUCACAGGACCUUUAAAAUACAGUAAAUGGAAGAUUAAGAUCGCCGCCUUGCGCAUGUAUACUAGCUGUGUGGAGAAAACUGACUUCGAGGAAUUCUUUUUAAGGUGUCAGAUGCCUGAUACAUUUAAUUCAUGGUUUCUUAUAACUCUACUUCAUGUCUGGAUGUGUCUGGUCCGAAUGAAGCAGGAAGGCCGGAGUGGGAAGUACAUGUGUCGUAUCAUAGUUCAUUUUAUGUGGGAGGAUGUUGAGCAGCGUGGCAGAGUCAUGGGGGUUAAUUCAUAUGUCCUGAAGAAGAACAUGAUCCUUAUGACAAAUAAUUUUUAUGCAGCAAUCUUGGGAUAUGAUGAGGGAAUCCUCUCAGAUGAUCGCGGGCUAGCUGCUGCCCUCUGGAGAACCUUCUUCAACCAGAAAUGUGAAGACCCCCGCCAGCUUGAAUUGUUGGUGGAAUAUGUGAGGAAGCAGAUGCAGUACCUGGAUUCCAUGAACGGAGAGGACCUGCUUCUGACAGGUGAAGUGAGAUGGCGCCCUCUAGUGGAGAAGAAUCCUCAGAGCGUCCUGAAGCCCAGUUCCCCAACGUACAAUGAUGAGGGUCUCUGACAGGCUCCAGGUAGCUGGCCAGCUAGCUUUGAAGAACCACAGGAGAGCAGUGACUGUUUGGCUCGGGAUCCUCCAGAAAGUGGUCUUAACUGACCUCUGAACAGCUUCUGGCAAAUACCUGGUCCUGCUUGUGUUGAUUUUCCUCGUAGUAUGUCAAGAGUCUGAUCUUACGGGGUUCAGUGCUGGGAGACACUUAGCUCUUCUAGGCAUUCUCCCUUGAGAGUCCCUAAAUUGAGCUCCCUGAUACAAAUUCUCCCAUGUUCUUCCAGCAACCACACAAAGGCCAAGAAGGGUCUGGGGACAGAAAUAGACCACCCCCCACCCCUUCACAACCUCUCUUCAAGAGAGGUGGCUUUGGGAGCAGUUUGUGAUGCUGCUGAACAAACUGGUGGCCAUGCUCUGUCUCCCGGCUGAGCUAAGGGGCUGAGUUGACAUUAAAGAAACAGAGACUGAACACUGCAUGGCUCCUUUUCAUUCUAGGGGCUUCUAGAAACAUUAUCAGAGGUGGCAGUGGCCAUCUGCAGAGGCACACUCUGCAGUUUGGUCAGACAGUGUGGGAGAAGAUUGGGGGUCUCUGCCCCUGUGGCCUCCUGUCUAUGAAGACAGCACUGAUCUAGCCAAGGUCCUGCCUCUUAGGCCAUGUGCUCUGAAACCAGAGGCAGGAAGGAAAGGGGCCACAGGAACAAAGGCCCCUUGUCAUCUUUCCCAUUAAACCAGGGGGAGACAUGCUGUCUUGAGACCUGGGGGGAAGAGAUCAUUCCCCCGGCAUAGUUGUUCUCUACAUCCCAGGCCUUAGUGCCACUGGCUCUCUGCACCUUCCCUGCUUCUGCCUUGCUCCACAGGGCCUGCAGGCCUGAAUACUUGCACACUGCCCCUCCUCCCUGUGAGCAGGGCAUGGGCCAUCUCUGGGGGGUGGGCUUUAAAUUGAAGAAAAGGGGCGGGGAACCACAUUGCCCCCUCUCUCCCAAACUUCCUUCAUUUAACUUGCUAUAAAAUGACUCAUAAAGAAACUCUAUAUGGGUGAGGUAUAUCCCACUUCUGUGAAAACAUUACAAAUCAAACCGCCUUCUCUGCAUUUCUUUAAGAUGCUUUUGUUGAGAGCAGAGCCUGAGAGUGAAGCCUCCUGUGUGUGUGAGAUAAUAACACCUUGUAACUCAUUACAGCUGGGCACUAUUUACAUAAACCAGAGCUGAGCCAGGCAGGAAUUUGCUGAUUAAUUUAUUUUUAAUGGAGUGAAGUAUACCAUGCACCAAAAUAAACUUUACUAUGUGUACCUAA